GUGCCGGUACCUGGCGGUCCAGCUGUCCCCAGCCAUCCCCGUGUUCGCGGCCGUUCUCUUCCUCUUCGCCAUGGCCACACUCCUGCGGACGAGCUUCAGCGACCCCGGGGUGAUCCCCAGAGCCCUGCCAGACGAGGCAGCCUUCAUCGAGAUGGAGAUCGAGGCCACCAACGGGACAGUGCCACAGGGUCAGCGCCCGCCCCCGCGGAUUAAAAACUUCCAGAUCAACAACCAGAUCGUGAAGCUGAAGUACUGCUACACGUGUAAGAUCUUCCGUCCGCCCCGCGCCUCUCACUGCAGCAUCUGCGACAACUGUGUGGAGCGCUUCGACCAUCACUGUCCCUGGGUGGGCAACUGCGUGGGGAAGAGGAACUACCGCUAUUUCUACCUCUUCAUCCUCUCGCUCUCACUCCUCACCAUCUACAUCUUCACCUUCAACAUCGUCUACGUAGCACUGAAAUCUCUGAAGAUUGGGUUUCUGAACACGUUGAAGGAAACCCCAGGGACUGUACUGGAGGUGCUCAUCUGUUUCUUCACCCUGUGGUCGGUGGUGGGGUUAACUGGGUUCCACACCUUCCUGGUGGCACUGAACCAGACAACCAACGAAGACAUUAAAGGGUCCUGGACUGGGAAGAACCGCGUGCAGAAUCCCUACAGCCACGGCAACAUAGUGAAGAACUGCUGCGAGGUGCUCUGUGGGCCUCUGCCCCCCAGCGUCUUGGACAGACGGGGCAUCCUGCAGCAGGAGGAGAGCACAGCUCAGGAGGAGUCGUGCCCGCGGGGACCAAGCUCUCGAGACCCCGCCGCCGCCCAGGGCCCCGGGGGGCAGGUGGAGGAGAGCGGCGCUCCACAAAAGGACGGCAGUGUUCCUCACCCCAGCGCCGUCCCCGCACCAUCCCUGAGCGAUGCUGAGAUGCUGGAGCAGCUCACGUCCGGGGAGCCCCCAGUUCCACUCCAGGACGUGGGGCAGGCAGAGCACUAGCAUCUGCUUGGAAGGGAGAACUUUCUUGUUUUGUCUAAUCAAAGCUGGAAGUGAUAGAGGAGAGGAGGAGAAGGGCUGGAUGGCAGGCAAACGAUUCCUCACGGCCAUUUUGCUUUAGUCAUUAU